ACACACCUGCCUGGUAGACACCGUUUGUGUAGCAUACACUGCCCUGGCGAAACCACUGCACCCUCUCCAUUCCGAGCUUCCCUUUGAGCAAGUUGUUCAACAGAUUGGGCUGCUGCCCUGUUUUGCAGCAGGUACAUGACGCGUCCAAAACGCCGGAAGACUCCAUCGCGCUAGCUGCAAUACAUCUGCUAUAGCACACUCAGCACGCGUUGCAGUGAGCGACGACCAAGGGAAGAUGGACGACUGGGAGGGGGAUAUGGAGGAACAGAUUGGCUGGUUCGGUGACAUAGGGCAACAUCACCAGCAAGAUCAACAGCAGCAGCAGCAGCAGCAGCAGCAGCAGCAGCAGCAGCAACAACAGCGACAGAUGACACCUGAACAUGUAAUGCUUGCAACGGGCAACAACCACAACAGUAGCGCCGCCGCCGCCGCCGCCGCCGCCGCCGCCGCAGCAGCAGCAGCAGCAGCAGCAACAACAGCAGUCGACACCAGCUCCGCCCGCGUCGGCAUCAACAGCAACACCGAAAGCCCACCAUCAUCACCACCGCCUCCGGCACCCUUGCCCACCCCGGCAACCCACGCGUAUCUCGGAGAGGCGACCACUGGCUCCUCCUCCCUGUCGAGGAAAGAUCUGGAGGAGGGCUCGACCGUCGAGAUCCCGAUACUAGCGCUGCCGGGAGUGGUGCUGUUUCCCGGCGAGUCUCUCCCGCUGAGGUUGCACAACCCGGCCUACGCGGACUUGGUGGGCUCUUUCCUCGGUGGCGGAGCGGGCGCGGGUGGCCGUGGCGGUAGUGGUAGAGGGGGGGGGCAGCAGGCUGCGAGGCAUCUCGGUGUGGUUAACAGGCUCGAUUCGAGAAGAGGCGGGCCGCACGAAGGAGCGUCGCCGGUUGGAACGACCGCCGAGGUACGGUCGGGCCACGGCGGUUCCGCCGAGGAUGCUGCCGGUGGAGGUGAAGGCGGAGACGGUGGGGGCUUGGCGAUGAUGGCCAGGGGGCGGCAUCGCUUCCGGCUGGUGGAAGACCUGGGCUGGAGGCGGGGCGUGCGCUACUGGAAGGUGGUCAUCUGCUCGGACCAUUGCCCGGGAACGUUCCAGCCCCCGGUCCCCCGCGCGUUCCGCGAGUUCCCCGGCACCGGUCGCCGAGGCCGCCGCCGCCGCGACGGCGGAAACCACUGGACGAUGGCGGUCCCCCGCUUUGCCGUCGUCGCCAACUCUCCGGCAGUCCUUGCGGCGCGAGCGGCGUCCCUCCUGCGCGAGCAGAGGGAGCCUCUUCCGCACGGCGCUACUUCGGGGGCACCGCAGGUUGAGGAGGGGGGUGCGAGGAACGGGGGCGAAGGGGUUAGGGGGAACGUAAGAGGAGGCGGCGGGGGUGUCAGUGUUUCUUCUGCUGCCAGAGUCGAAGGAGGGGUAUCACAGGGAGGUGGGGGUAGUGGUGGUGGUUGCGAUAGCAGCGAGGACGAGGAGGAGGGGAUGCCGCGGCGGAGAGGGAAGCUAGACCCGACACUGUUUUCCUUCUGGCUGGCCGCCAACCUCCCUCUGGACGACGUCGCGAGGCAAGAGCUGCUCAUGUUGGACUCGGUCGUCAUGCGGCUCAGGGUAGAAAUAAAGCAUCUGGAGGAGAGCCGGCGAAGAGAGCUGUGCUGCGCGAGCUGCAAUAGAGGCGUCGCGUGGGAGGGGGACGUUUUCACGCUCCCCGGGGCAGAAGGCGUGGUCGGCGCGUACGUUAACCCCACGGGCUACGUCCACCAGACGGUUACCGUGCGCGACGCCCGGAACCUCGUCCUGGUGGGCAUCCCGGAAGAAGAGCACUCGUGGUUUCCUGGUUACGCAUGGACAUGCGCUUACUGCGCGUUUUGCAUGGAACACCUUGGGUGGCGUUUCACCGCGAUCAGACCGGGGAGCGGGGAACAAGAACGCCGACAGCGGCAACCACGUUCCGUACUUCUUUCCUCCGGAUCCCCACUGUCGCCCCCCGCCUCGCCGCAUGCUACCUCGUCGCUGUUGCCGUUGCCUUCUACUCCACUUGCCGGUGAGGCAAGCGGUAGCGGCGGUAGAGGCGCCCUGGGGUCUUCCGCACCUUCCUUGCCUAGGAGGAGGUGAACUUGGUGACGGCCUUGGUGCCCUCGGACACAGCGUGCUUGGCGAGCUCUCCCGGGAGCAUGAGGCGCACGGCGGUCUGGACCUCGCGGGAGGAGAGGGUCGCCUUCUUAUUGUAGCGGGUGAGCUUGCCGGACUCGCCGGCCACGCGCUCGAACACGUCGUUGAUGAACGAGUUCAUGAUGGACAUGCCGCGCUUGGAGAUACCUGUGUCGGGGUGCACCUGCUUGAGCACCUUGUAGAUGUACGAGGAGUACGACUCGGUCCUCUUGUUGGUCCUCUUCUUGUCGCCGGCCUUCUUGGGCGCCUUUGCGGACUUCUUGGAGGGAGUCUUAGCCAUGUUGCUGGUUGGUGUUUCGGGAAGGAGGUGAGAGGUGAGGGACGG